AUGACUCAGGUCAUCGACGAUGGUGACUCGUCGCUUGGCGACGAUGUCGCAUCAUCAACUCAGAGUCUUUCCAGCUCCAUCCUCCAGUAUCGGAAAGAAAAUGGCAGAACGUAUCAUGCAUACAAGGAUGGAAAAUACAAUCUUCCCAACGACGACAUUGAGAAUGAGAGACUAGAAGAUUUGCAACAUCAUCUAUUCUUUCUGACCUAUGCCAACAAGCUCGGCCUCGCCCCCCCAAAUGAAGCCGACUCAAAGGUCCAGCGGGUCCUUGACUUGGGGACGGGCACAGGUAUUUGGGCGAUGGAUUUUGGCGACGAGCAUCCGGAAUCCGAGGUCACCGGCGUUGAUCUCUCUCCCAUUCAGCCCAGCUUCGUUCCUCCUAACGUCCGAUUCAUUAUUGAUGACAUCGACGAAGAGUGGACCUAUUCGGAGCCUUUUGACUUUAUCCAUAGCAGAAUGAUGAACUUUAGCGUUGUGAACUGGACCUCAUACCUCCGCAAGAUCUACGAUAAUCUGACCCCUGGCGGCUAUGUCGAAAUCCAAGAGAUCGACAUCAACAUGACAUCUGACGACGGCUCUCUCUCAGAGAACCACCCACUCUUCAAGUGGCGGAAUCUCCUUAAAGACGCGUCCGUCAAAUUCGGUCGGCCUUACGCCAACUUCGACGUCAUCACAAAAGCCAUGACCGAAGCUGGUUUCACCAACCUUGUAGACAGUCGUUUCAAGUGGCCCACGAACCGAUGGCCCAAGGACAAGAAAUACAAGGAGUUGGGCACGUGGAACAACGAAAACACCAAUGCCGCUUUAGAAGCGCUGACGUUGGCACCGUUUACGAGAGCCUUUGGGUGGAGUCGCGAGGAGGUGACGGUCUUGCUGGCCGAUGUCAGAAAAGACCUGAACGACCCGAAGGUUCAUGCUUACUGGCCGAUUUGCUCGAUCUACGCGAAGAAACCGGAAAUAUGA